AUGUCGACGACUCUAGGCGCCGGCGGUAAUCGCAACGUCAAGAAUAUCCCAAUCGGACCCGACGGUCAACGAGCGUGGUCGCACGGAUUGUGCUCAGCAUGCUUCGGGGACUGUGGUACUUUCUGCACGGCGUGGUGGUGCCCCUGCAUCGUCUUCGGGCGCAACAAGGAGCGCUACCAAUACCUGUCCGAGCAAGGCAUCCCCGACCCCGAGGCCGGGAAGGGCUACAAUCGGGAGUCCUGCGAGAAGCACGGCUUCCAUACCAUUGUGACCGGUUUUGGGUGGGUGUAUCAGGUCGCCCUUCGCACGAAGCUGCGCGAGCGAUAUGGAAUCCGGGGCAGCGACACGAGCGACUACUGUCUGUCAUUUUGGUGCAACCCGUGCGCGCUCACGCAAGAGAGUCGAGAGUUGGAGCUGGAGGAGCGUGACCUGCGGUCCAAGGAUUUAUAA